CUAUCGAUAUAUCGAAACUUUCUGUCGAGAAGUUUACAUUUUUUUAAGGAAGAUACCGUGAAGCGUGUGCCAAGUGAUUUCAUCACAGUCGUGAUUCAUUUAUAUCUAAUUCCACUAUUAUUUCAUUUUCAAUGCUUCUGUAAUCAUUAAAGAACAUAAAUGUGCCCUUCAAGAAGUACUGACCGAGCCGUACGAAACCUAUGUAAGGUUAUGAAUAUUUAGGAUUUCGAAGAAGUUCGAUCAACGUGAUACUAAAACACAAAGUGAUUUGGCACUAUUCACAGCAAAAAUGACAGUUAUGGAUUUUUUUGGUUGUGCCUUUUUGGCUUUUGGCCCACCAUUUGCAAUGUUUAUAUUUACUGUCGCAGCCGAACCUAUUAAAAUUAUUGUACUAAUAGCCAGUGCCUUCUUUUGGUUAGUUUCUUUAUUAUUGUCAUCGGCGCUUUGGUACGCUGUGGUGCCACUACAAAAUCACCUUGCAUUUGGACUUGUAUUUUCCGUAUUAUUCCAGGAGGCAUUCAGGUACCUCAUGUACUGGGUAUUGAGAAAAGCUGAGAGGGGGUUAGAGAAAGUAACAACAAUACAUGUAGCAGAUAGCAGGCAUGUGUUUGCAUAUGUGUGUGGUUUAGGUUUUGGUUUUAUGAGUGGUGUAUUUGCUCUAGUCAAUGUCCUAGCAGAUGCUGUUGGACCUGGAACAAUGGGCCUUCGACAAGGCACAGAGUACUUCUUUAUAAUAUCAGCAGCCACAACUCUUUGCUUUAUCUUGCUACAUACAUUUUGGGGUGUUGUAUUUUUCUCUGCUCUGGAUAGAAAAAAUUGGGGACAAGUUAUUUGGGUUGUUGGCUCACAUUUGUUUGUGUCAUGUAUGACCUUGUUAAAUGUGUACCAAGCUUAUGUAGCUACUACUUUAUCUGCUUAUGUUGUUUUAAUGAUAACAACUGCACUUGCAUUCAAAGUUGCAGGUGGCAGAACUCAAAGUAUAGUUCAUUGUUUUUCAAGAGAGUAAAGGAAGAAACUUUUAUAACAAAGUUAAAAUAUAAGUAGUUGUGUUUGACUUGAAUGAACAUCACAGAAUGAUAAGGUUUUUUUCCCUUAGGUAUUAGACCACAAAGAGAUUGUUCAUUACUCUGAUAUACACUGUGUGUAAGAAGAUAUGAUGUUAAAUUAACAGACCAUAUCUUAUUCUUUGAUAUUACUAAACAAAUCUGUAAUGAUCAGGAAUAUAUUCAUACAAAUUUAAAACAAGUAGAAACUUACUUGAAGAAUUUCUACACUUGACCAAAAUGUAUAGGAAAAUGUUAAGUGUAUCAGUAUUAUUUAUUUUUCAAAUGUAACAUUCUACCGCGAUGACAAAAAGUUUCUGCAAAAAGUUGUACUAAAUAGUAAUACGUUCUAGCAGAGAAUUUUUUGGUCAAGCUGCUAGUCCGUCCCUUAAACCAUCAAAACAAUUGUAUAACCAAAAUGCGAUAUUUCGAUUCAGAAUCUAAUUAUACUGAAGUGUACAAUAUUGUCUUGUAUUACGAAAAAAAAAAAGAAAUCUAAAAUGCGUGUAAAUGUACAUAUGUAAGAAUGUAUGUAUGCAUAUAUAAUGUACACGAUUUAUCAAAACAGAGAAGAGUAAAUUUGUGCAUCAAUU